CUCAGUUUGCGAAAUGCGCCCCUUACUAGCAACCACCACGGUGCUGCUCGCGUCUUUGGGCCUCGCCAGCGGACUUGUAGUCAAGGUAGAAGCGCAGCAGGGGCCGCACAGUACCAAGACAAAAUGCAGCAAGCCUCCAGCAGCCACCUGCCUAGCUCCGGAUGCUCUACAAACCGCGAGUCUCUACACGGGGUUGGAGGAGGGAACACCAGGGAUCCGGCCUGGUCUGAGCGAGUCGGCCACCGACGUCGCCAACUUCAUCAACUUCUGCUCCGGCCGCACCCUCACCAACGGCCGCCAAAACACGAGCGGCUCGUGCAACGGCAUCCCCAUGGGCCGCAUCCCCGCGACGACCAACAUGAUCUCGACCAUCAUCACAUACCCGCAGCCCGGCGACCGCCUGACGCCCAACACGACCUUUUCGGUGGCCAUCCAGACGCGCCACCUGCGCGCCGGCUACCUAGUCAACCCCACCACCAACUACUACACGGCGCCGCAGGACCUGGACGAGAACGGCGACGUCAUCGGCCACGCCCACAUCUCGAUCCAGGAGAUUGGCAGCCUGCGGUCGCUGACGCCGCCCGACCCGACAAAGUUUGCCUUCUUUAAGGGGAUAGACGAUGCGGGGGAUGGUAAGGGGGGCCUGAAGGCUGAGGUUACCGGGGGUUUGCCCGAGGGCAUCUAUCGCGUGUGUACCAUGGUCUCGGCGAGGAAUCAUCAGCCUGUUGCCAUGCCUGUUGCGCAGAGGGGCGCUCAGGAUGAUUGCACCAAGUUUGAGGUUGGGGCUUGAUAAGGGGUCGAAUCAGGUUUGGGGGCAACGUCCGUGGCAGAUACCUCCCAUCAACAUGAAGACGAAGUGAUUUACAAAACCAUAUCGCAUGCCACUGUGGUCUGAGUUUUGACUGGGCUCUAGAGGAGAGGUUUGAAAGAUGAAACAGGCUGGC